AGCCCUUCCUAAAUCGAACGAGGCGACGGUGGCAGCGGCGGCCGCCGGUGCUUUGCCCGUCUCCUCCAGCCACGGCCGGCCGCCUCCUCGGGUCGUCGUCGCCUCCUCGGGUCUUCGUCGCCUCCUCUAAUCCUCUUCUCGGGUCGCUGUCGCCUCCUCUUGCUCCACAACUCGAUGUCGGCGCCAGCUUCAGCGGCGGCGAACCAGGAACCAGGCGGUGAUGUGUCAAGCACAGCAUCAACAGCUACAUAGGGAGAAGGAGCACAGGUUGUUCCUAGAUCAAAAGAUCCAGCAUGGAAAUAUUGCACAUGUCCGGACAUCAGCAAGAAGAACUGUCUAAGAUGCAUAUUCUGCGGUCAUUUGUCCAGCAAUGGCACUAGUCGAAUCAAAUUGCACCUUGCAUGCAUUCCUAAGUCUGGUGUGGAUCACUGUGAGAAAGUGCCAGCUGAUGUCAAAGAGGAGAUCCUUCAGUACUUGACAAAGAAGGGUGACAAAAAGGCAGCCAAGCUUAUGGAGCAGAAGAGACGCAGAAAUGGAGUUGACUUGAGCCACUCGGAGGGGGAAGAACAAGCUACAAGUGAUGAAGAUGGACUAAACCAUUCUGCACUUGUGCUUCAGCCAUCGAGAUCAACAAGAAAUAAAUCUAAAUCUUCAAGUGGCCCUAUGGACAAAUACUGUGAAUUAACUCCCGAAGAGCUUGUUGCCGCAAGGAAGAGGAAACGUGGUGCUAACACGAUCCAGGGGAAGCUGACAACUGAGAAGAGAGAACAAAAAAGGGCUCGUGCUUGUGAGUACAUCUGCCAGUGGUUCUAUGAAGCUUGCAUUCCAUUCAACGUAGUCACACUUCCCAGCUUUGACCUCAUGCUUCAGUCAAUUGGACAGUAUGGUGAUGACUUGGACGGUCCUACUCCUUAUGAAAUGGGUGGCCCAAUAUUGAUGAAGAUGAAGAAAAGAGUUCAGGAGUCCUUCAAUGCACACAGGAAGACUUGGGAGCUUACUGGAUGUAUAAUCAUGACAGAUGCAUGGACUGACAUAAGAGGAAGAGGGGUAAUGAAUCUUGUAGUUCAUAGUGCUCAUGGUGUGGUGUUUCUUAAUUCUGUGGACUGUUCAGCCGUGAAGAAAGAUGGGAAGUACAUCUUUGAGCUUGUUGAUAGAUGCAUAGAAGAGGUUGGUGAGAAGCAUGUAGUUCAAGUUGUGACUGAUAAUGCAAGUGUUAAUCAAGCGGCAUCAACCUUGUUGAAAGCAAAGCGCCCCAACAUAUUUUGGAAUGGUUGUGCUGCCCAUUCUAUUGAUCUGAUGUUAGAGGAUAUUGGCAAGCUUAAAAAAGUGGACUCUACUAUGUCACUGUUUUCCUUUAUGCACACACUAGAGUUUUGUCUCUAAUGAGGGAAUUCCUUGGGAAAGAUCUGGUGAGGUCUGGCAUUACAAGGUUUGCUACAGCUUACUUGAACUUGAAAAGCAUGCUGGACAACAAGAAAGAACUGCAGAAGCUAUUCAGAUUAGAUCAGAUGGAUGAAAUGGGUUACUUAAAAAAGGUGAAAGAACGUGAUUCCAACCGAAGUGUGCGCUCUGAAAUUUUUGGACAGGAGUAGAACGUGCUGUCAACUUCUUUGAGCCUUUGGCUAAUUUGCUGCGGCGAAUGGACAGCGAUGUACCAGCUAUGGGUUUCAUAUAUGGCGCUUUUUUGGAUGCAAAGAAGGAGAUUGCAGCUAGAUUUGACAAUGAGGAGGCUAGUAUCCAGGAAGUGCUACACAUUAUUGAUAACAGAUGGGACAACAAAUUGAAGGGGCCCCUACAUAGGGCUGGAUACUUCUUAAACCCAUACUACUACUAUGAAAACAAGCUGGAGAUUGAGUUGGAUGGAACAUUUAAAGAUGGCCUUGUUGUUUGCAUGGAGAAGAUGGUUAGAGAUGGUAAGAAGGAAGAUAUAAUGACAGCUGAGUGUCAGGCAUAUCAAAAUGAAGAGGGGUCGUUUGGAAGGGACAGUGCUAAAAGGCAGCGGAGAAACAAGAACUUUGAUCCAACUGAAUGGUGGUCCAAUCAUGGAUCAAGUGCACCAAAUCUCAGGGUACUGGCUAUGCGGAUUUUGAGCUUGACAUGCAGCUCAUCAGCUUGUGAGAGAAACUUCAGUGUUUUUCAGCAGGUUCAAGGCAGCAAAAGGCGCAACAGGCUACUUCAUGACAAAAUGAGAGAUCUUGUCUUCAUCAAGGCCAACUCCCAACUUGAACAAAAGAGAAUGAACAAAGACAAGGAUCCACUUGUGGACAGAACACGUGCAGAUGUUGUGGAAGAUGAAGAUAACGAGUGGAUCACAGGAAUUGUGCCGGUUCUAGUUGUGGAUACUACAGAUGAACCUGAAGAAGAACCAAUACCACAACCGAGAGCAAGAGCUGUUGCAUCAAAAAGAAAUAAAGCUCGUCAGCCUAGGAAGAAGUUGCUCCCAGUUUUUCGUGAUGAUGAGCUGCAAUCUGUGCGUUCUUCUUCUGAUUAGGAUGAUGAUGCCAUGGCAGCAAGUUCAUCUGAUUCUGAUUGAGCUUCUGCAUCGUUGUUGGCUGGCUCCUAAAGUCCUAAGUCCUUAUUUCUGCUAUUCUGGACCUUGCUUGUAGGUUGUUUAAUUUAUCCGUCUACUUUGUUUGUCUGAAAUCUGAAUAUAUGAACUCUGAACAGUGCUAUAUGCCUAUAUCUGGACCAUGCUUUGUUAUCUGAACAAUGUUUUAGCCUUGGUUUUAGCUGCUGA